CAUAGGUUAAAUUAAUUUCUGCUGUUUUGAAUUAACAAAAAUAUAUGAUCUUUGAAUUUCUACCGCACGUAUUACAAAAACAAUGAGGAGGCACCUGCAGCUUGGAAUUAAACAGUUGUCGGCAAGUUAUGCUGAUGGCAGUACUUCUCCGAAAACUGUGGCUGAUAUAGCUUUGGAUGAUGCAGUUAAACUAAAAGUACUGAAUUCCUUUAUACGACUAACACCGGAAUUAGCUUUACACCAAGCGAAAGAAUCGGCUUACCGAUAUAAAGAAAAGAAAUCUCUCAGUUCGGUCGAUGGCAUUACAAUUGCAGUGAAAGACAAUUUUUGUAUCAAAAAUGUGAAAACAACAUGUGCUUCCAAAAUGCUUGAAGAUUUUGUAGCUCCAUAUAAUGCUACAGUAUAUGAACGUCUCUCAAAAGCCGGAGCAGUUCUUAUUGGUAAAACAAAUAUGGAUCAAUUUGCUAUGGGCUCAGGCACGGUAGAUUCAGUUUAUGGCCCUACAAAGAAUGUAUGGAGCGAAGAUCUGACUGAAAACAAUUGGCGCAUAUCUGGUGGAAGUUCAGGUGGAUCUGCUUCUGCAGUUGCUGCAGGCAUAUGUUACGCUGCAAUUGGUUCCGAUACUGGUGGUUCUACACGUAAUCCAGCUUCAUAUUGUGGCAUAGUUGGUCUAAAACCGACUUAUGGACUUAUUUCUCGUAAUGGCCUGAUUCCGUUAGUUAACUCAAUGGAUGUACCGGGUAUACUUACCCGAAAUAUAACGGACUGCGUUGAAGUGCUAAAUGUUAUUGCUGGUCCUGAUGAAAAGGACUCGACAACAAUUAAGAAAUCUUUUCACAAAAUCCAUGUACCACCAUUAGAAAAAAUAGACAUUCGAAAUUUACGCAUAGGUAUACCUAAAGAAUAUCACUGCCCUGGACUUUCAGUUGAAGUAUUAGAUACAUGGAAAAAAAUUGCAGAUAUACUAGAGGUUGCUGGAGCGAAGGUAAGUCAAGUAUCUUUACCUCAUACAGCAGCUAGCAUAUUUGUAUACUCAAUACUUAACCAAUGUGAAGUAGCUAGUAAUAUGGCUAGAUAUGACGGUAUUGAAUAUGGACAUCGCGCUGAAGAUGAACACAGCACAGAACAACUAUACGCAAAAACACGCGCACAAGGUUUCAACAGUGUAGUUAAAACACGAAUACUAACUGGAAACUACUUUUUAUUAAAAAGGAAUUAUGAAAAAUAUUUUGAGAAGGCAUUGCGGGUAAGACGACUUAUUGCUGAAGAUUUUAAAAACGUAUUUCAGCCCGUUGAUAUUGCUAAUCAAGUAGAUAUUUUGUUGACACCAACUACACUCACCGAAGCUCCAUUAUAUAAAGAUUUUAUACAACAAACCAAUCGCGAUCAAUGUGCAGUGCAGGAUUUCUGUACACAACCAGCAAACAUGGCCGGUAUACCAGCAAUAUCUUUACCCAUUAGAUUGUCGAGCAAUGGUUUACCAAUUAGUUUGCAACUAAUGAGUCGUUCUCUUGGCGAAGAACUCCUAUUCAAGGUGGCACGGUGGAUUGAAGCACAAGUUCAAUUUGAUUGCUUGGAAAAUAAAAAAAUAUACGAAGCAAGAAAUUAGGUAAAAAAACG